GUUAACCUCGUACUCCUAGACUAGCCGGACGGGACCUGUGACGUCAUCGACCUUUGUCUAAUACGGUUUUCGCCGCGACCGCGUAUCGCCACGCGGCACCACCGGCCGCGUUGUAGUGCAUACGGUUAACCCGAUUACGAUUUCUUCUUCCUACUUAACUUUUCACUUCUUAAAUUUUAUUAAGAUGGGUAAUAUUAGUGCCAUGAGCAGUCGACCAGCUGGACGUAUGAUGGCAAGUCCAAAACCAUCAUGCGCCUUAAUAAUACUUAUCUUAUUAUACUACUCGCCGCUGUCACAAUGCCUGAAUGCAAAGAUCAAUUUCCGCGAGAAGGAGAAGCAGAUUCUGGACCAGAUCCUGGGCCCUGGACGCUACGACGCCAGGAUAAGACCUUCCGGGAUAAAUGGGACUGGCGAUUCGCCAACGCUAGUGCGCGUGAACCUUUACCUGCGAUCCAUCAGCAAAAUAGAUGAUUACAAGAUGGAAUACUCCGUGCAGCUCACUUUUCGUGAACAAUGGCUGGACGAGCGACUAAAGUUCAACAACCUUGGAGGCCGGCUGAAGUACCUCACGCUGACAGAAGCGAACCGGGUAUGGAUGCCGGACCUUUUUUUCUCGAACGAGAAGGAAGGACAUUUUCACAACAUCAUCAUGCCAAAUGUGUACAUACGCAUAUUCCCUAACGGCAACGUGCUGUACAGUAUCCGAAUAUCUCUAACAUUGUCAUGUCCUAUGAAUCUCAAGCUCUAUCCCCUGGACAAGCAGACGUGUUCGUUGCGAAUGGCCAGCUAUGGCUGGACGACAGAUGACCUCGUGUUCCUGUGGAAGGAAGGGGACCCUGUCCAGGUGGUCAAGAACCUCCAUCUUCCACGGUUCACGCUUGAAAAAUUCUUGACUGAUUAUUGUAACAGCAAGACUAAUACUGGUGAAUACAGCUGCCUUAAAGUGGAUUUACUAUUUAAAAGGGAAUUCAGCUACUAUCUCAUCCAAAUCUACAUUCCUUGCUGCAUGUUAGUCAUCGUAUCAUGGGUGUCCUUCUGGCUCGACCAGGGCGCCGUACCAGCUCGGGUGUCUCUUGGUGUGACGACGCUUCUGACCAUGGCCACGCAGUCAUCGGGCAUCAACGCCUCGCUGCCGCCUGUAUCCUACACCAAGGCCAUCGACGUGUGGACGGGAGUAUGCCUCACGUUUGUCUUCGGGGCCUUGUUGGAGUUCGCGCUCGUCAACUACGCUUCACGUUCCGAUAUGCAUCGUGAGAACAUGAAAAAGACACGCCGGGAGAUGGAGGCGGCCGCGCAGAUGGACGCGGCAUCGGAUCUGCUGGACACAGAUAGCAAUGCCACGUUUGCGAUGAAACCCCUGGUUCGCGGCGGCGUGCUGGACUCCAAGAUGCGGCAGUGCGAGAUCCACAUCAGCCCGCCGAGGAAGAACUGCUGCCGACUCUGGAUGAGCAAGUUCCCCACGCGGAGCAAGCGCAUCGACGUCAUAUCACGCAUCACCUUCCCUCUGGUUUUUGCGCUCUUCAACCUCGCCUACUGGACAGCACACUAGUGCCACGAACAAGAUACUCGUAUCUAGGAUGACACCAGGUAUUCACCUGCAGGUCGACGUAUUUGUUCCGAGACGAAGACGAAGAGAAGUGAUUUCCCAUCCCAAGUGUAGACGCAGCGAUA